CUGGGUUUGAUCAGGAAGAUGACACUUACGCUUCUUCGACAACGCGCACUUAAAAUUCCUUCUCUGAUAGCUGCAGCCAGAAGGUUUAACAGCAGUCUUGUCGAGACUGAACAAGAUGGAGAGAUCUUCCUUGUAUCGAUUGCACGACCCGAGAAGCGCAACGCGGUUGAUGCAGAGACCGCGAAAGAGCUCGCAGACGCGUUUAGACAUUUCGAGAUCGACGAUGAAAGUUCAGUGGUUGUGUUGUAUGGGAAAGGAGAAACGUUUUGUGCAGGAUAUGAUCUAGAAUAUCUAUCUACCAGGGGUCCUGAUGAGUUCCUGAGAUGGCUCACCCCCCCUGGAGAAGGAGACGGUCCCAUGGUGCGUUACAAUGUUUACGUUUAUGACAGACACUGAAAAUACGAAAUACAAAAAUUAUUUGAAAUUAUGCAAACACUUGGCAUCUUUUUUGCUAUCUAUAGAAUUCUAUUACGCUCGAUUUUUUUUAAAUGGGAGUCUUCUGUUUUGUUAUAUUUUUUUCUAGUUUGUUUUGUAUUGCAUUCAUUGAUCGUUUGUCCACUGGUGCAGUAGUAGGGGCUAUGAUGGAGGCGCAGCGAUGUGGAAGAAAAAGAACUCUUUCAUAUUGGAAUAUUUCGGAUAUUUUCCUGUUAUCCUUUUUUCAUCCAGUGACUAUUUCAAGAGAAUAGCUUUGCUGAACAAUUUAGCCAUGAAAUAUUGCCGUUAAAAAACCCUUAAAACCAUGUUAUCCUGAUUAACAAUGCUAAUUAGUGAGUAAAAUUGGAUGCCAAUAUAAACACAGAGAGAAUUCCCAAAGAGACAGGAGUACAAUAUGGAUAGUAUUAUCAGCUCUUUGAACAACUGGACUGUGGUAUUUUAUCACAGAAGGGUCAUUCAUUCUCCUUUUCCCAUUGUUGAAAGUAAUUGAAAUCAUACCACAUAGUGUUACAAUAAAAAUCUGUGAAAACAUCAAAAAACUUGAAAAAUAUUUUUUUUACAUGAUCACUGAUUGGUGAGAUGCAUGAUCACCCAAGGUGACAUGAGAAGCUUUUAAUUAAAAUCCCUGUCCUUUUUUGUCAUGGCAAAGGAACAGGCCCUUAAUAUUGAGGAUUUGGCACAAAUAUUUCUUCAAAUACAAGGAAAGUAUGAGGUGUUGAACAAUGAAAGCUGGUAAAAGGUCUACAAGGGAUCUCACACACUGAUAAUAUAUAGAUGUUUUUACUCUCUGUCCAGGGCCCAACUCGAUUGAAACUCACUAAACCAGUGAUUGGUGCCAUUGAGGGACAUGCAGUUGCAGGAGGAAUGGAGUUGGCACUGAUGUGCGAUCUCAGAGUUGUUGCAGAAGAUGCAGUCAUGGGAAUGUUCAACAGAAGAUUUGGUAAUAAAAAGCAUUAACAAAUAACCUAUGCAGCCCUUAACAUACUUUGAAAGAAAAAAUCUUCUAUAAUUGUGGCAAAAGGGCUUAGUACAGUGGCAAUGUGUGACUGUUUAAGGCAGUAGUGAUAUUGCCAUCUAGGGGGAAGUAGUGAUACUGUAGUUACUUCAUGCAACCGUGAUAAUUAGCUCUGGCUGGGUAGGUGAAUAGGUUUGAGUACAGACUGUACCUUUUUGCUUUGACAAAACAGCAUUAUUAACAUAUGAUAUUAUAAUUGUACAAAGGUGUGCCUACAGUGGAUGGAGGUACAGUGCGGUUACCAUACAUUGUUGGUCUUUCACACGCAUUAGACCUGAUCAUGACAGGCCGUGCUGUACAUGCAAAGGAAGCUCUUAACAUUGGCCUUGCUAACAGAGUUGUUCCCAAAGGAAAAACAGUCGAAGAAGCUGUCAAACUUGCAAAAAUGUUGGUUUGCUUUCCAAGAGAGGCACUGUGUGCAGACCGCAAAUCUGUUUUCUAUGCCACAUUCAAUGCAGAUUCCUUUUACGAUGCUCUGACAUAUGAAUACUCCAAAGGAGUGAAACUGCAAAUCAUGAAGGAUUCCAUUGAGGGAGCAAAGCAGUUUUUACAGGGGAAAGGCCGUAAGGGUUCGUUUGAUGACUACUUGGAUUAA